CUGGCAUCUUCACCAACUCUCUCUCUUUUGAGAUUCUGUCUCUCGUGGUCAGUCAUGUCCGGAUCUCCGAAACGACAAUGAACGCUGCUGCCUUUGUACCCUCGCCGGACCAGGCCUCGCCCGAUGUCCGGCAUGCCCGCUCACGAUCUGAGAUCGAAGACGGUCAUCCUGUUGGCCUUGAGCAUCGAACGCGCCUUAACUCUAAUCAAUCCCUCGAUAGACCUAGCUUCAAGCAUCGCCGUGUUCAUGGCAAGGCCCUUGAUCUCGGUCUUCAGUCUGCCAUUCCGGAGGAGGGAUCGACCUCGCCGCCGACGUCUCAGAGCCCAUCUUCGGCCUCGCGUCCGGAUCUAGACAUGAUGCAUCCGACCGUGUUCAGGGCCGCCCAUAAACUGAGCUCCAUCAAUUGGAUCGGGAGCUCGCCCAUGUUCGGCCACAUGCCCGACCUCCAGGACCACAUGGACAGCCAGCCGGACAUCUCGUCUGCCAUCCCAAAUGGCACUUUUAAUUCUUCGUCGUUGCUGCCGCUGAAUAACAGUCCCCUGGCGCUGCUAGACAUCAACAGCGCAUACCAUGCCGGGAGUCCGGCGAGUGCCAACCAGGGGAAGAAGCGGCAGGGCUACUACUACGUCGACGGCGGCGGUGCGAGGCUUCCGAGGGUCAAGAAGCGGAGGCUGAAUGUCGAUGCGUUCGAGUAUCCGCCGCUGGACAUCCAGUCGCCCGGUGACUUCUACUUUGCUAUUCCGCACAUUCCUGAGUCGUCGUCUGCGAAACCCAGGGUCGACUUUGUCACUUAUACUGCCAUAACCGCGGCUUUUCGAGACCAUUGCAUCCACAACACCUUGCUCCAGCCGUGCUUCGAGGACACGCCUUUCAUACCGCUGAAUACGAUGAAUCAUCUGAUUGACCUCUACAUUGCCCACAUGCACCCACUACUGCCCUUUCUGCACCUGUCUUCCAUGGACCUGAAUCAGUGCUCGUGGGUUCUCGCCCUCGCCGUCGCCACGUUCGGCACUCACUUCCUCAACGACCCGCAGUCCCGCAACCUGAACAUCGCCAUGCAGGAGUUCCUCCGCCGGGUCCUCCUGACCACGCACGCAAACCUCGACAAGACAUCACAGUCCAAGUUCGAAGAGCUCUGGCUGGCCCAAGCAAGCCUGCUCUCCUGCCUCGGCGGCUUCUUCUCCGGCAACGCCAGGCUGCAUCGCAACGCAUACAACGCCCGCUCCGCUCUGUGCGCAUUCUGCAUCGAGUCCUGGGCUCUGCCAGACUACAUCGAGGAGGACCGCCCCGAGGGCCACGACGACUCCAUCUGGCUGAGCUGGUGCUUCAACGAGUCCGUCCGCCGCACCGGCUACGCAAUCUGGCUCCUCGACAGCAUGCUCGCCUACGAAAUGGACUACUCCCCUCUCCUCAGCCUCGCUCACGCCAAAGUCCCCCUCCCCUGCCCCGAAAUCAUGUUCGACGCCCGCAACCCAAGGGAAUGGCUCACCCUCUCCAGACUCGCCACCCCGAUGCCCUCCCUCAUCGUCGCCUGCGAACUCCUCUACACCAAAAAACACAUCAACAUCAUCACAGGCGAGUACUCCCGCGUCCUCCUCAUCCACGCCAUCUUCCAGCGCACCUGGGACAUCGAGCGCUACAUCCGCCAGCCCCUCAGCCACCUCGUCCCCAUCUCCUCCAUCUCCUCCUCCUCCCCCUCUUCCUCCUCCGCAGCCGCCACCCGCUCUGCAAUCCCAACCACCACCUCCUCCCCCUCCACAACCCCCCCCAGCAUCCUCCCCAGCGCCUCCCUCCACUCCGCCUGGCUCAACGCCGCCUGCGCCGCCCUCAACGUCCUCCACUGGGGCGCAAACGCCUGCGUCGCCGCCCAGUCCGGCACCGAACACCCCACCAUCCUCCACCUCCACCUCGCCCACAUCGCCCUCCUCGCCCCGCUGCCCCACCUCGCCCGCCUCGCCUACCACAUCGCCGGCAUCACCCCCUUUCGCUGCCCCGCCGACGAAGAGCACGCCAGAGCUGUCGUGUUGGACUGGAUCCGCGGCGAGGACGCGCAGGAUAGAGCCCGGCUGGCGGUUAUUCGUGCGGGGGGCAUCUUCUGGCAUGUUCGGCGGUAUUCGUCGUCCGGGUUUUAUGAGCCGGCUGCGGUGUUUCAUGCUACGCUUGUGUUGUGGGCUUAUAGUUUCUUCGCGAGGCCUGCGCACUACCAUCACCACCACCCCUCUCAUCCAUCUCACCACCCCGCACACCCCGUGCAAUCGCCCUCCUCAGACACAGAGGAAUCAGAAGUAAUUAAUCUGGAUCGUCCGCUGGACGAUGAGCUGGCGAGUGCGUUUGUGAGGCGUGGCGCGCGGAUGAGGGCGUAUUUAACUGGGGUGGGCGGUUUGGCGGAUGAGGGUAGUGCCGCGAGGGUUGUGAGGAGGGGGGCCGGGUUGUAUAACUAUAGGAGAAGAGAAGAGAGGAGAAGAGAGGAAAGGGAAGGGAAUGUAAUGAUAUAGUAUGGAAUGGAGUAGCACAUAUGGUAUGGCACGGAAUGAAUGGCACGUAUGGCAUGGUAUGGCAUAUAUGGCAUAUACUCCACCUAUGCCUAAACCAUACAACACAAACACAGCAGUUAUAAGCACGGC